AUGGGGGAGCCAAAAUCUCCAUCACAAGAUCAACUUCAUCAAACGGCAUCCUCCUCAUCCAGAGUCCCACCACUGCCUCCGCCGCUACCCAGCCAACCCUCCUCCCUCCUCCAACCAUCCCAAAAUAGAAAAAGUAGAAGCAAAGUCCUCCGAGUGUUUCGCUCCGUUUUCCGGUCCUUCCCCAUCAUCACCCCCGCCUGCAGGAUGCCGUCACUCCCCAUGGGGAGGAUGGACUCCAGCAAGACCGCCUCCUCUGGAACCCGAGUCAGCGGCACGCUGUUCGGGUACCGGAAAGGACGCGUGUCCCUGUCCAUUCAAGAAACCCCUAGGUGUCUCCCAAGCCUUGUGGUUGAGCUGGCCAUGCAGACGAACGUGCUUCAGAAGGAGAUGGGGUCUGGGAUGGUGAGGAUUGCGUUGGAAUGCGAGAAGAGAGCGGACAAGGACAAGACGAGUCUUUUGGACGAGCCGAUGUGGACCAUGUAUUGCAACGGGAAGAAGAGUGGCUAUGCGGUGAAGAGGGAGGCCACGGAGGAAGAUUUGAGUGUCAUGGAGCUUCUCAAGGCUGUGACUAUGGGCGCAGCUGUCUUACCCGGGAAGUCUGAGGUUGAGGGCCCGGAUGGCGAGAUGGUGUACAUGCGGGCCCUCUUCGAACGCAUUGUGGGCUCGAAGGACUCAGAGACCUUGUACAUGUUGAGCCCAGAAGGAAAUAAUGGGCCUGAGCUCAGUAUUUUCUUUGUAAGGAUAUGA